CGCAGUCAUUUCGACCGCUUGGGUUGUACGUUCGAUUUAGAACAAACCUUUGUGAUUUCAAAAUUAAUCUAUUUAAUCCACAGUUACAUAAGAUUAACAAAUCGUUUGGCUGACAUGCUCCCGUUAUCUUUACUGAAGACAGCACAGAACCAUCCGAUGCUGGUGGAGUUGAAGAAUGGUGAGACAUACAACGGUCAUCUGGUCAGCUGUGACAACUGGAUGAACAUCAAUUUGAGAGAAGUUAUUUGCACCUCACGGGAUGGAGAUAAGUUUUGGAGGAUGCCGGAAUGUUACAUCAGAGGAAGCACCAUUAAAUACUUAAGAAUCCCUGAUGAGAUCAUAGAUAUGGUGAAAGAGGAAGUAGUGUCAAAGGGACGUGGCCGGGGUGGAAUGCAGCAGAACAAACCACAAGGAAAGGGCAGGGGAGGCGGACCUGGCAGAGGAGGCGCACCUGGCAGAGGUGUGUUUGGAGGCCGUGGUAGAGGUAUUCCCGGUACUGGACGUGGGCUGCAACAAGACAAAAAGCCUGGAAAGCCACAAGGUGUCAAAAACCAACACUAGCUUUAAUGCAGGGCCUGAUGUGUUAGAGUUUUACUACUUUCAUCUACAGAACAACUCUUUGGGUCACUUGACAUUCACACAUUUACAUCUUUUUUUUCUGGUAGAGCCUUAUUAAAAAUGUUCAGUCCAUGCAUCAAACUGACACAUUAUUGUUGUCAUGAACCCUUUUUUUUUGCACUGAGUUGAUUUGUAAGACCUUGGAUAAAACAACACAGAACCUUGGUCAUGUAAAGUUUUACAAAAUACCUGUAAAAUAAAACAGAUGUUUUGUGUCGUCUGCUUUCUCAGUUUGAUAAUCAACCCAAGAGAGUGCGUUUGAUUUAAAAGGAUCUAGGUGAAGAUUUUAAUUUGGACAAAUCGUAAUGUAGAGAUGCUCUUCCAUUCAUUCUGAACCGUUUUUAUUUUCUGUUUGCUCACGUUUUCACAUUUGCUCCGUUUAAAUUUUUUGUGCUUUACAGUGCAACUUGACUUGUGUAUAAUGCACUUGUGAAUAAAAGAUUUUUGUUAAAUAUUGCAAUUGAC